UCAGAUUGAUGUGUCAACAAGCUCACGCACCCUCACAUGGUUCCGGUGGAGGCGGCGCUGUCGGAGUGGAAGCGGGAGUUGACGGACUUGCUGAAGCAUGAUCGCACGAUCAAGAAGUAUGCGUGUAUCCUAUACCUGAUCAACUACCUGCAUUACGUCUGGACAGCGAAGCAGCCGUCUCUAACAUACCAGAAGUCUCCUCGUGCUGAGGCAAUUGUGAAGAAAUGUUCUCUCUUAGUGGAAAAGUACCAUCCUUCAUGGUACUUGCUCAACAACGGGCACUUGCAUACAAUCAUGCUGGCCAAGUUGACUUCCCACCCACAGAUCCAUUACGAGCGCCAAAUGGUCCCGCUUUCCGAUGGCGGUGUUGUGUCUCUGGACUGGGCAGUACCUCCUGGCGUCGCCCCCGAUGAUGUGAACUUUCCAGACAUCCCAACUGUGAUCGUCUUUCAUGGGCUCACAGGGGGCAGCGGGGAUAACUACGUGUGCGUGACGGUGGAAAAGCUCGUGCGAGACGGAUGGCGGGUCGUCGUGAUGAAUGCCCGCGGGUGCGCCAACACACCAUUGCUCACACCACAUCUCUUUUGCGGCGCGUACACAAACGACGUGCGCGAAGUAGUCGCGAUGCUCCGACGGAAUCAUGUCCAGACGGCACCGCUGGUGUCGGUGGGGUUUUCGCUUGGGUCAAACAUUAUGGUCAAGUACAUUGGGGAAGAAGGAGCGGCAUGCCCGUUGACGGCGGCCGUCUCGGUUGGCAACCCGUACGACUUUAUGUGCAAUAGUCGCAACUUGAAUCACUCGUUCGUUCAUAACGCCAUUUACAACGCGCCGUUGGCGACGAACCUGAACGACCUCUUCUUCGUCCGCUCGAAUGCCCACGAAUUGUUUGCCGACCACCCCGAGAUCGACCUCGCCUCCAUCCAGGCCACGUCCCGCGUCAUCGACUUUGAUGAGCAGCUGACAAGACGCGCAUUUGGGUAUGCAUCUUCGCUUGGUUUAUCUUGUUCAGUUGUUGCAGUUUGCGUGGAACCUGAUGCCACCGCCUUGGAGAAGCGGAUAAAAGUGGCUUCAGCGUAGCAUCAUCCAUCGUAGGUAUGCGUCCGUGAGCGACUACUACCGCGACGCGUCGAGCAAUCAGUAUCUCAAGUUCGUUCAGAUCCCGCUACUCUUGCUGUCGGCAAAAGACGACCCAAUUUGCAUCCACACAGCUACCCCAUACGACGACGUUAUCGCGAACGACAACUUGCUCCUGGCCGUCACCGACACUGGUGGUCACUUGGGGUUCUUCACAGGCAACAAUUUGUUCGAAGUGCCCGACAUGUGGUCUGCCAAUGUCGUGGCGCAGUUUUGCAAAGCCAUUGUCGAGAUCAACAGCGCGCGUGAUGCAACGAAACCUUCGAUCGUCCGCCGUCUCUUUCAGUCGGCUGAUCAGGCAACGGUGGACACUCCCCCACUAGCGAACGACGGCAACCUUGGGAACGGUAAUUCUGCCUUCGUGGAAAAUGGAGCCGAGGGCCAGGUGUCCCUGCGAAGAGGUGCUGCAGCGCUUGCUGCCCUUGCGGUGGUUCACUUCGCAUUCAAACAUCGACGCGCCAUGCAUAAAAAGUGGUGGUAUUGAGCACCAUGUCCAUGUUGCCUUAAUAAUGAAACUGCUGGUCGUUGGUCGAUUUGCCUGUCCCCUGCAACACGAGCAAGUCAUGCACCAGACAGCCUCGUACUGGCGUUAUGAAUGUGCUUACAGAUGGAGGAUCUUGGGACGACCGCCGGAUCUCCUUCACUGCUGCAGCCAGCGCUUCGGGAUUGACUCCUUUCUCAACCAGCGAGAUGAGGAUGCUGAGGGAUUCGCGGUCGAGGCCCGUGUUCAGGAGUCGUGACAACUCGUAGACCGCUACAAGUUGAUCUUUAGCUGCUUCAUGAAGGAGGGCGUGUAAGUACUCUCAAAUGCUUCCUUUCCCUGCCCAAUCUCGCCGCUUCCGUCUUGGUUCAUCUUGCUGCUGGGGAAAUGCUACGUUCCUCUCAAG